GGGGCGCUUUUAAGAGGUGGCGGCUGAGGGCCGGCUGGAUCAGGCGCGAGGGACAGCCGGUGUGUCAAGUCCUCUGGCCGCCCUAGGCGGUGUCUGCCGUGUGCGCCGCUCGCCCGGGGCUCCAGAGUCCUCGCCUCGGCCUCCCUCCUCCGUUUGCGCGGCUGCCUAGGCUGCGCGAGCCACCCCGGACCUUGCGCCCGCGACUCUCUCGGCGCCCGACGGGGCCGCCUCGGGCCAUGGUGCUGUCCCAGGAGGAGCCCGCCGCCGAGCAGGAGAGGAACGAGGCGCAGCCGCCCGGGCCCGCGCCUUCGGAUGACGCUCCGCUACCGGGCCCGGGACCCUCGGAUGUCUCCGACGUGGCGGCAGAGAAAGUGGAGGUGGAGCUGACGACAACGGGCAACGAGCCCCCCGUCCCCCCCGAGGGCGGCUGGGGCUGGCUGGUGAUGCUGGCGGCCAUGUGGUGCAACGGGUCGGUUUUUGGCAUCCAGAACGCCUACGGGGUGCUCUUCGUGUCCAUGCUGGAGAAAUUCGGGGCCAAGGACGAUGACAACAUCAACUUCAAGACAGCAUGGGUCGGCUCGCUGUCCAUGGGUAUGAUCUUCUUCUGCUGCCCCAUAGUGAGUGUCUUCACAGACAUAUUUGGCUGCCGGAGAACAGCUGUCGUGGGUGCAGCUGUGGGAUUCAUUGGCCUCAUGUCCAGUUCUUUUGUAAGCUCCAUUGAGCCCCUGUACCUCACCUACGGAGUCAUAUUUGCCUGUGGCUGCUCCUUUGCCUACCAGCCGUCACUGGUCAUUUUGGGACACUACUUCAAGAAGCGCCUUGGACUGGUCAACGGCAUCGUCACAGCCGGCAGCAGCGUCUUCACGAUCCUGCUACCGCUGCUGUUAGGAAAUCUGACCAGCACGGUGGGCCUCUUCCACACACUGCGGAUCCUCUGCGUCUUCAUGUUUGUUCUCUUUCUGGCUGGCUUUACCUACCGGCCUCUUGUUCCCAGCACCAAAGAGAAAGAGAGUGGUGACAGCAGAAGCUCCUUCUUUUCCAGGAGAAAGCUUAGUCCUCCAAAAAAAAUCUUCAACUUUGCCCUCUUCAAGGAGACAGCCUAUGCAGUGUGGGCUGCUGGGAUACCACUUGCACUGUUUGGAUACUUUGUGCCUUACGUUCACUUGAUGAACCACGUAAAGAAAAGGUUUAAAGACGUCAGCAAUAAGGAGGUUCUCUUCAUGUGCAUCGGCAUCACCUCGGGAGUCGGACGACUUCUCUUUGGCCGCAUUGCAGACUAUUUGCCCGGCGUGAAGAAGGUCUACUUGCAGGUUCUCUCCUUCUUCUUCAUUGGGUUGAUGUCCAUGAUGAUUCCGCUGUGCAGCGCCUUCGGAGCGCUCAUUGCCGUCUGCCUGGUCAUGGGUCUCUUCGAUGGGUGCUUCAUUUCCAUCAUGGCGCCCAUCGCCUUUGAGUUAGUUGGUCCUCAGGACGCUUCCCAAGCAAUUGGAUUUCUACUUGGAUUCAUGUCUAUACCCAUGACUGUAGGUCCUCCUGUCGCAGGGUUACUUCAUGACAAGCUGGGCUCCUACGACGUGGCCUUUUACCUUGCGGGAAUCCCUCCCUUCAUCGGGGGUGUCGUGCUAUGUUUAAUCCCGUGGAUCCAUAGCAAGAAGCAGAAGGAGAUUAGUAAAAAUGGCGGAGGGGAGAAGAUGGAGAAAAUGCUGGAGAACCAGAACUCUCUACUGUCAGGCUCAUCCGGAAUCUUCAAAAAAGAAUCCGACUCUAUUAUUUAAUGCCAUAAAUACCUCCACCUGACUGGAUUUGCUUUUGAAUUUUAAGCCAGUUUUCCUUUUAUAUGAAUUACAGAUUUCUUAUUUUUUUAAUCAUCCGUGGAAUAGCACAAAUGGGACAUGAAACCUUUAUUAUUACAAGAACCAUUUUCUCUCCCCAAAUAGCUUUGAAGUUUCCACAAGUCAGGGGGAAGAGACCGUCACAGGCAA